AUGCAGAGCGGCGUGUACCAUAAAAGGUUAAUGUCAGAGCUGAGGCAAAUACAGUCCAGCACGCUCAGCAACGUGCAUUUAAAAACCUACGAAGGCCUAGACACCUGGGUAAUCACUAUCCACGGUGCUGAGAAGACGCUGUAUGCUGGGGAGGAGUUUACAUUGCGGCUCAAAUUUCCGAGCAACUACCCGUUCGAGGCUCCCGAGGCAAUAUUCGUGGACAAGGUCCCGGUGCAUCCGCAUGUUUAUAGCAAUGGGCAUAUUUGCCUGAGCAUUCUGUAUCAGCAGUGGUCACCUGCAUUGACUGCGCAGACUUUGUGCUUGUCUAUUCUGUCGAUGCUUUCGAGCUGUGUGACAAAGGAGCGGCCGACAGGCGAUCUAAACUACGUCACGGUGGCCAGGUCGCCAAAGGAUGCCAUUUGGAAUUUUGACGGUAAAUCAUUAGGAGACAAAAGUGCCAGGAUAAAUGCUUGGAUAAAUUAG